GUACAUACAUGGAAGAGGAAGGUGCACUGCCCUUCUCAUACCUCCUGCCACUUCAGAGCUCGGUCGUUCCUUGGACGGAAGGAAGGAAGGCGGCUAAAGAUAGUCGCUGACGAAGCUCUGGGUGGCGAUUUUUGUUCCUGCUCGCGUUCAUUAUCCUCGCAAGGCGAGCGAGUCCUGCGUCGCAUUGCGAUCAGGUUCAGAUAAACAUCGCACGCAGAAAUGUCGAUGAGGAAGAAUUAGGCCCAGCGAGUCCGAUCCGAGCGACCGAGGUUCGUUCACACGAGCUACGGUUGUCGGGAUCGAUGGAUGUAAGCAGAUGCUGUCCACGAGGAUCGGAGCAGGAGAUUUGAUUUUCUGCGACACCUUUCGAACCUGGCUCGAGCUCUUGUCUUGUCACGGACACGAUGAUGGCUGUCUCUGGGUGAAACGCUUUUCUUGCAGUAAUGGCCAAGCCAGGACGCACGUCUGUGAUCGAAGCGAGUGACUCCAUCUCUUUCCCCUUCUUGCAAGGCCCUUCGUCGGGCCCACAUGAUCAAGUCAUUCCCGACACUUGUCCUCGAGCGCCAUCUCUAAAAUCUCGACAUCACAAGUUUCACAAGGCGACGACGAGGCUGUCACGAGCAAUGUUCCUUGAAAUUCUCUCGUAUUUGCUAGCUUUGACAUCUCCCAAUUUCCUUUCGUGGUUCUUCUCUCACUUUCGGAGUUAUGGUCGACCCCGUCUGAUCUGAUCUACACUCAUCUCAAUUCACUGAAGAGUUCACUGGGAUCGGGGCUUUCGAUGCCCUCCACACAUCUGAAGAGUGGACUAGGGGGCAAAUCCGUAAGGUACAAAGCUUGGAUCGCUUGCAGAGGUUUGAUGUUCCUGAAGAGAGUUGCAGUCGCGCAGAAAUCGUUGCCUUGCAGCAUCCGGCAUCAGAGAUGGAUAUCGGCGAGCUCGACGGCGAUGCUUCGACGCAGGUUCUCGCGGGAUCUUGAGGAGAAUGCCGAUUCUGAGAAGCUUACCCGAACAGAGGUUCUCCAGAUGUGGCAAGACGCCAACGAUCUGUGCGCUUCUUCUGAAAUCCAGUCUCGUCCGAACACAGCCUGGACUUCUGAUUGUGACUCUGCCCUCGUGACGAUCCCCCGGAGUCCGUGGAGGAGAUUCAUCAGCAAGUUUCGUUAUCAGAAAAAACGUUUCCAAUCCCGCAGGGAAUGCGGAUCAGUGCAAACGAUCAGCUUCCGAGAGAGACUAAGAACCUGGCUGCAUAUUCGAGAUUCAGCAAGGUGGCCACAAGGCUAGUGACGGUGACAGCCAUGGAAUCGGGACUCCCAUCCAGCUGUAAAUUCGAUCCUUGGAUUUUCGUUGUUGAUUAUGUGUCCGUGUGCGUGAAAAAACAAAAAGAAGAUCAUUGUAUCGCCAUGUCACAAGAAGAGUUCUCGACACCGUGUUGUAUGGUUGUGAUCGAGGAGCCAUGGAAAGUAAGUUCAGAAAGCACCAAGGCAGACCACUUGUGUGCGCUAGUGCUGACGGCCCAUCGAGAUCAGGAGUGAACAACUUGUCAAUUCUAUGGCAAGAUGCACGAAACCACGAACAAACUUUUCGACGUGGUCAUUGUUCGUCGUCUCCUUCGGCCUCCGCCCUUGUAAAAUGGGUGCUGAUGUUGUCAAGGAAGCCGUUUUGGGGGUCAAGGACGCAGUGACGGGCCAGAAUCCACCUCAGUAAACAGGGCCUGGCUCUGUCCUCAAUGUCCUUCAAACCUUGGAAGGCUAUGCGUAGCAUCGGCCUCCUGUUCUGUGCUUGAUGAUGGGAAGUAGAAUGCGGAGCCUCCUUGUACAGCGCCGUCCUUUUGUAGAAAGCAUUUGAGUUGAACUUGAGUUAUUUGUUGUGAAUAAUAAAUAUAUAAGCACACAUUGUGUCAC